AUGAAUAGUGGAAAGUGCAGUAAUUGUUGGCGAGGAGGAGGAGGAGGAGCAGUGUUAAUAAUGAAGCUGAUGAUUCUGAUAAAUGUGAUGGAGAAAUGGAGUUUGUGCUCUGGAAGAUUUGUGGUGGAGAAGAACAAUCUGAAGGUCACGACCCCCGACCGGCUGAGAGGCGUGUACGAGUGCGCCAUCGGCAAUUUCGGUGUUCCUCAAUACGGUGGCACAAUGGUCGGCGCCGUCUUCUACCCCAAAUCCAAUCAGAACGGAUGUAAAGCUUUUCAGGAUUCCGACAUCUCCUGGAAGAAUAAACCCGGCGGCAUACCCGUUUUCCUUCUUGCUGACAGAGGAGAGUGUUAUUUUACGAUGAAGGCCUGGAAUUCUCAGAAAGCUGGGGCAGCCGCCAUUCUCGUGGCUGACGACCGUGUAGAGCCCCUAAUCACAAUGGACACACCUGAAGAGGCCGCCGGCAGCCAAUCGGAGUACCUACAGAACAUAACUAUCCCAUCGGCUCUAAUAUCAAAGGAGCUCGGGGACCGAAUCAAGAAGGAAUUGGGCAAUGGUGAGAUGGUGAGUAUGAAUCUCGACUGGCGUGAAGCCCUCCCCCACCCAGACGAGCGUGUCGAGUACGAGUUCUGGACCAACAGCAACGACGAGUGUGGGCCCAAAUGCGAAAACCAAAUGGACUUCGUGCGGGACUUUCGUGGGGCAGCUCAGAUACUUGAGCAGAAGGGUUACACCGAGUUUACCCCGCACUACAUCACGUGGUAUUGCCCGGAGGCCUUCAUCCUGAGCCAGCAGUGCAAAUCGCAGUGCAUCAAUUCCGGGAGAUACUGCGCGCCCGACCCCGAGCAGGAUUUCAGCAGAGGGUACAACGGCAAGGAUGUUGUACUCCAAAACCUUCGCCAGGCGUGCUUUUUCCAGCUCGCCAAGAAAAACGGGAGGCCCUGGCAGUGGUGGGAUUAUGUCACCGACUUCUCGAUCCGCUGCCCGAUGAAGGAAAAUAUGUAUACAAAGGAGUGUGCCGAUCGAGUCAUUCAGUCGCUUGGUUACGAUAUUAAGAAGAUAGAUGAAUGCAUUGGGGAUAUUGAGGCUGAUGUUGAAAAUCCAGUUUUAUCAACUGAACAAGAGGCACAAAUAGGAAAAGGGUCGAGAGGAGACGUUACGAUCUUGCCAACUUUGGUUAUAAACAAUCGACAGUACAGAGGUAAAUUGGACAAAGGAGCAGUUCUAAAAGCCAUUUGUUCAGGUUUCCAGGAGACAACUGAGCCUGCCAUUUGUUUGAGCAGAGACAUGGAGACGAACGAGUGUCUGGAGAACAAUGGUGGAUGCUGGGAGGAUAGAUCAGCCAACAUUACUGCAUGCAAGGAUACUUUUCGAGGAAGAGUGUGUCAUUGUCCCACUGUGCAGGGAGUUAAAUUUAUUGGUGAUGGUUAUACCCACUGCGAAGCCUCUGGAGCAUUAAGAUGUGAAAUAAACAAUGGAGGAUGUUGGAAGGAAAGCAAGAAUGAGCGAACAUAUUCUGCUUGCACUGAUGACUAUAGAAUAGGCUGCAAGUGCCCCUCUGGAUUCAGAGGUGAUGGAAUUAAAGAUUGCGAAGAUAUCGACGAAUGCAAGGAAAAGGUGGCAUGCCAAUGUCGUGACUGCAAAUGUAAAAACGUGUGGGGAAGUUACGAAUGCAGCUGCAAGGGACACUUGCUAUACAUUCACGAACACGACACUUGCAUUAGUAAAGAUGGUAAUACAGAAGUUGGUUGGGGCAUAAUAUGGAUCGUCUUUCUCGGCCUAACCGUGGCAGGUGUUGCUGGAUAUGCUGUUUACAAAUAUAGGAUUCGGAGAUACAUGGACUCGGAAAUUCGAGCAAUCAUGGCUCAGUACAUGCCCCUGGACAAUCCAGGGGAGGUCCCCAAUCACAUCUCUCACUCUCGGGAAAGCGUUUGA